UAAAGCCCGCAGACCUCCGAGGCGCACGUCACUUCUCCAAGUCGGAGCCAUGGCGACAACAGCUCAGUACAUCCCGCGGAAUAACUCCUUGCCGUCCAACCCGCUCAUGCACCCGGACUCGGACCGCAUGCACCAGGGCACGACGUACCGGGAGGUGCAGAAGAUGAUGCACCACGAGUACCUGCAGGGCCUGAACGCGGGACACCCGAUGAGCCUGACGCACCACCAGUGGCUGCCCACCUCCAACAGCGACUGGGCGAGCGCCACGCACCUGGGCCAGCAGGACCCGCACAAGGGCGGCGUGCAGCAGGCGAGCCGCGAGGAGCUGGGCGGGGGGGGCUUCCACCACCACCGCUCCCACCUGGCGCACCAGCAGGCGCAGGGCGCGCACCACGGCUCCUGGGCUCCGGCCGGCGCGCACCACCUCUCGCCGCUGUCCCCGGCGUCCGGCGCGCACCAGCCCCUGGUCUACUCGCAGCCGGGCUACACGAACCUCAACGCCAUGCUGGGCAGCCCGCAGCCGGGCGCGCUGCACCACGGCCUGCGGGAGCCCCUCCACGACGACUCGGCGGUGCACGACGGCCAGCUGGAGUCCUCCCCGCAGCAGGCCUUCAGCCACCACCAGGACCACUCGGACGAGGACGCGCCCAGCUCCGACGACCUGGAGCAGUUCGCCAAGCAGUUCAAGCAGCGGCGGAUCAAGCUGGGCUUCACGCAGGCGGACGUGGGCCUGGCGCUGGGCACCCUCUACGGCAACGUCUUCUCGCAGACCACCAUCUGCCGCUUCGAGGCGCUGCAGCUCAGCUUCAAGAACAUGUGCAAGCUCAAGCCGCUGCUGAACAAGUGGCUGGAGGAGACGGACUCCAACACCGGCAGCCCCACCAACUUGGACAAGAUCGCCGCGCAGGGCCGCAAGCGCAAGAAGAGGACCUCCAUCGAGGUGGGCGUCAAGGGCGCGCUGGAGAACCAUUUCUUGAAAUGCCCCAAGCCGUCCGCGCACGAAAUCAGCACUUUAGCCGGCACGCUGCAGCUGGAGAAGGAGGUGGUGCGCGUGUGGUUUUGCAACCGGAGACAGAAGGAGAAGCGCAUGACGCCCGUGGGGGUCCCGCACCCCGGCAUGGAGGACGUUUAUUCCCAGGCGGAGACCCCCCCGCUGCACCGCACGCUACACAGCCCCGUGCAGUGACCGCGGACCGGCUCGGCGCGACCACCUCGCCCUGGCGCGCGGGACUCUGGAGUUUACACCAUUCUUUUUUCUCUCUCUCUCUCUCUCUUUUCUCCGGGACUUUCGGGGAGGGGAAACAAACAAACAAAAAAAGUUGUGCAGUUUUAGCGUCGGAAGCCCCCCCCCGGCCCCCCUCCCCCACUCGAAUAGAUUUAAAAAAAAAAACGCAUCUAGAAAAAGCCGGACAAAGAUUUAUUUACCAAAACGAUAUGGAGGUGAGGGGGGAUUCUGGAGGGGGUGGACCGUGAACGCACCACACGCCUGCAAAACAAAACAAACAAACAAAAAAAAACACUGGAAGUGAAAAGUCAGCACUGAAUGAACUGAAUUAUCGUUAUUGUUGUUAUUAUUAUUAUUAUUAAUAUUUCAUUUGCCUUUUGUUUUGUUUGAAGAAAGAACAAAAAAAAAAAAAAAAAAGGAUAUUUUCAUCAGGGUCGGAAAUUGGGAGGACAAAAAUGUGUCCAAAAAAAAAAUGCAACAGGACGUCCGAGUUCUGAUUGCAGGCCUUAAACAAAAUAAUAAUAAUAAACUGUUUUUUGUUUUUUUUUUCUCACACAAGGACCACGUCGACGUUUGCAAGCAGCAUCAGACGCUAAAUGUUUUUUGUUUUUUUUUGCAUUAUUAAGUUUUCCUUCUUAUUGUUGCACUUAUUGUUUUUGUUAUAUUCGGAUGUUUACAACUCACACACUUUUCCACGGCGAUCCCCCACGAAAUGAAAAGUUGGAUUAACUCAGGUAACUUUCAGUGCCCCCCCCCUCCCCCCUAACUCCCAACAUUUUGUCUGUCCUCCCCGUUGUAGCGUACAAUUCAAAAAUCCGCGGUACAGUGAAGGCAACGCGUCCUUUCCUAUGAAAUCGUAUUUAUUUUAUUUCUCAUUGUCUUUUUUUUUUUGUUCUCAGUCCAAAAAAAAAAAAAAAAGGAGAGAAAACUGCAGUGUGCUAUAAUUCACUUACAAGUGAGGGAUUUUUUUCCAAGAAAAAAAAAAAAAGGUGAUAAUUUAACAACAACAAAAAAAAAAAAGGUGAUUUUAGAGAAAAAUGUUGCCAGGAAUUAUUUCCAGCGUGUAAAUAUGUAAAACUUGUAUUUGUUCUGAAAUAUUUGUUGUCUCUUUUUAUUUGUGUUCCUUUCUCCGGGCUGUUUUGUACACUUACUAAUUCCACCAAGAUAUUUUUAAUAUGAUUUCGUUUAUGAUGAAUCUGACCGUUUAUAAAUAUAUAUUUAUUAUUUCUUGUUUAGUUGUCUUUUUUGUUGCAGUGGAUAUUUCUUUUUUUAAAGUCUCUCUUCUGUUGACUUCAUUGGUUGUCUUGUUUUGAUUGCUCUAAAUGUAGACUGCAAGGUCACAUUUCUAUUUAUGUUAUAGUAAUAUUUUAUUACUUACAUAAAAACAUAUAUACAAGAAACGCAUCUGCUUGGUGUCUUCAUUGCGAGCUCCUUCUUUUCUUCGUCUUGCAUCGCCACAGGAAUGAAAGGAAACAAUGAUUUAUGUAUUUAAUUGUGCUUUUUUUAAUAUAAGGAAUAACACAAUGAAUAGUAUUUAAUUGUUGCCAUUUUGUGCAAUAAUACAUUCGAAAUGUUGCAAACUGAUGAUAAGUUUAAAUUAAGUCGUUAAUAUGAAUAAUCUUUUCUUUAAACAAACCAUCAAAAAUCGUUUUUUUAAGCACGUGGAUCUGAUUUUAAACAUGACAUUUAAAAAAUGGAAGAAAAAAAAACCGUCAGGCCUUCAAGGAAAAAAAAAAAAAAAAAGAUUAAAAAUCGGCCUCCGGUCGAGGCCAACAAUUGUGCUUUUAUUUUGUCACUGGAAAUAUUUAAUCUCUUCGCCUUUUUAGCUCAAUAAAACGCAAUAAACGUGCUAUUUUCUUUAAAGCAACUUUGACAUUUUCGACUCGCUUUUGCUGUACAAAAUCACUUCAAACAAUAAUUAUUUGUGUUGAAAAUGUAUCACAAUGAUGAUACAAAUUAAGGUGUUUAUUGUAUUAAAAUAAAUAAUAAAUACAUUCAUUUAUUUCCUUACUUUCCUUUAACGCAUCGUCAUAAAACACAGCAGCAAACUGUUUAUUUAGGUUUUUAAUUCCCCCACAAAAAACAUACAACUC